CUCCGCGAGGGGCGACACGCGGGACCCCGGAGAGGAGAAGCUCGUGGAUGUAUCCUGUCCUAGCGGGAGCUUUCGCCAUAAUGAAGCGCGGGGUGCUCUCUGUCGCGUCUCCGGUGUGCGGGCCGGGCUCACGCUUUCACGCUUUGACGCUCGAUAACUUAGCUCUGCGUUCGCUUCCCGUGGAGCCAGGAGACGGGACUGAGGAGGAGGCUACCAGGUCGCGACAGGUUUCCGGAGCCUGUUUCUCACGGGUCCGACCCACCCCAGUCGUAAACCCGAAGGUGGUGGCGCUGUCCCGGCCAGCAUUUGCUCUGCUUGGCCUGCACCUCGGAGAAGAGGAUGAGAAGGAGGCGGCCGAGUACUUUAGCGGCAACCGGCUGCUCCCGGGCGCCGAGCCUGCAGCUCACUGCUACUGCGGCCACCAGUUCGGCAGUUUCGCCGGCCAGCUUGGAGAUGGGGCGGCCAUGUAUCUAGGGGAGGUCCUGACUCCUAGCGGGGAGCGCUGGGAGAUCCAGCUGAAAGGAGCCGGUCUCACACCCUACUCCAGGCAAGCAGAUGGUAGGAAGGUUUUGCGAUCAAGUAUAAGGGAAUUUCUUUGUAGCGAAGCCAUGCAUCAUUUGGGAAUUCCGACCACACGAGCAGGAUCCUGUGUGACCUCGGAUUCUUCAGUCAUCAGAGAUAUCUACUAUGAUGGAAACCCAAAGAAUGAAAAAUGCACUGUAGUUUUACGCAUCGCUCCAACGUUUCUCAGGUUUGGAUCAUUUGAAAUUUUUAAGACAACUGAUGAGUACACGGGUCGAAGUGGGCCUAGUGUCGGUAGAAAUGACAUUCGAGUCCAAAUGCUUGAUUAUGUGAUUGGCACCUUUUAUCCAGACAUUCAGCUUAAAUAUGAAGGUAAUAAGGUUGACAGAAAUGCAGCUUUCUUCAGAGAGAUAACAAAAAAAACUGCAAGGCUUGUUGCUGAAUGGCAGUGUGUUGGAUUUUGCCAUGGAGUGCUAAAUACAGAUAACAUGAGCAUUGUUGGACUUACUAUUGAUUAUGGACCUUUUGGAUUUAUGGACAGAUAUGACCCAGAGCAUAUUUGCAAUGGGUCUGAUAACAUGGGACGGUAUGCAUACAACAAGCAACCAGAAAUCUGUAAGUGGAAUUUGGGGAAACUUGCAGAAGCACUUGUUCCAGAGCUGCCAUUAGACAUAAGCCAGAUUAUCCUGGAUGAAGAAUAUGAUGCAGAAUUUCAAAGAUGGUACAUGCAAAAAAUGAGAAAAAAGCUUGGUCUGAUGCAGCUAGAGCUUGAAGAAGACAGCAGAUUAGUCUCAGAUUUUCUAGAAACUAUGAAUCUUACAGGAGCUGACUUUACCAAUACUUUCCGUGUACUUAGCAAAUUUGCUGGUAAUGACGUUAACAUUGAGGAUUUCAUGGAGAUCAUAACGGCACAAUGUGCUUCCAUAGAAGAGUUGAAGGUUACCUACAGACCCAAAAUGGAUCCUAGACAGCUUUCAAUGAUGUUGAUGUUGGCACAGAGUAACCCCCAGUUAUUUGCAUUAAUUGGGACAAAAGCCAAUAUAACUAAAGAGCUUGAAUGUAUAGAGCGCUACAACAAACUACAAGAGUCCAGUGAAGACCACCUGCUGAGCAAUAAUAGGAUAAUUUGGAAAGAAUGGCUUCAGAAGUACAGCAUUCGGUUGGAAAAAGAGCAAGCAAGAGCAGCCGAUAGUGAUGCUUUUCUUGCUGAGCGUGUGAAAUUAAUGAACUCAAACAAUCCUGCAUUCAUCCUGAGAAAUUAUAUUGCCCAGAAUGCCAUUGAGGCUGCUGAAAAGGGAGACUUCAGUGAGGUGAUACAGGUAUUACAAAUGUUGGAAAAACCAUAUCAAGAAGAGGACUUUUGUCAAGAGAUUCCUGAUGAACCAGAAGAAGCAGGGAGCAUGGUUGGUGCUGCUGCUGCCUGCAAUUCCACAAAAAAGUCUAGGCUUCCUUAUAGUAGCAAGCCUCCACCUUGGGCUACAGAGCUUUGUGUUACAUGAUCUUCAUAAUUCCUUGUUGUUCUUCCUCCACUGCUAGAGAACAUGAAUAUUCUUUUGGUAGUGAGAAGAUCAACAAGCACCCAACUAGUACAGUGUUGGUUGCUAAACAUACUUUUGGAUACAUCCAUCUGGUCACAGUGUCAGACUACUAUGGCAGUAGUUAACAUGGCUUCUGGAUCCAGAUGCAUUACAGUAUCCACUUGUUUGCACAUGAAGGAAGAAAUAUAAAUUCAGAAAUCUGACGUAUUUUGUCCUGAUGGCAACCUUAUUGUACUUACAGAAGUGUAUUAAUACGCACAACUGAGCUUUCUGCAUGAAUUGCCAAUGUUACAGAAGGCAGGCUUUUUUCUUUUAAUGUCACAUCCUUCUAUUUUUAUAGUGCAAUUUUGAAAGGAAUGUAAAACUGCUAUAUUGAAUGUAAAUGCAAGUACUUAGCAUUUCAAUAUAUGUUUAAUAUAUAGUUAAUUAUAAUUUCCAUGUGGAAACUAUCAACAGAUCACAGUGGGAACCAUUUUGAAUUGUAUUGUCAAAUAUUGCCACAUUAGAAACUGGAUUGUGUUUAUUUGCAGGAAGCAAUAGAUAAAAUAAACUUAUUUUAAAGCCCUA